UUCGAGGUGGCCAUUUUGGAUUUCACACUUCACAACCACCACUACCCACUAACUACCAUGAGAUUGAUCAUCCAACGCGACGGCGAAGAAGUGGCGACGUGGGUUGCCCGCUACGUCCGCCAACGCAUCAAUGACUUCAAGCCGACGGCCAACCGCCCGUUUGUGAUCGGCCUCCCCACCGGCAGCUCGCCGUUGAAAGCGUACAAGAAGCUGGUGCAAUACCACAAGGAAGGCAAGCUCAGCUUCGAGCACGUGGUCUCGUUCAACAUGGACGAGUACGUGAACCUGCCGGAAGACCACCCCGAGGGCUACCAUUCGUUCAUGUGGAACAACUUUUUCCAACACAUUGACAUCAAGCGCGAAAACGUGCACAUUUUGAACGGCAACGCCGCCGACUUGGAAGAAGAGUGCCGCUUGUACGAAGAAAAGAUUGCUCACUUUGGCGGCAUCGAGCUGUUCCUGGGCGGCAUCGGCCCCGACGGUCACAUUGCGUUCAACGAGCCGGGCUCGUCGUUGGUGUCGCGCACCCGUGUCAAGACCCUGGCGUACGACACGAUCGUGGCCAACUCGCGCUUCUUCGGCGGGGACAUCAACAAGGUGCCGAAGAUGGCACUGACAGUCGGCGUCGGCACCGUCAUGGACGCCCGCGAAGUCCUGAUCAUCAUCACGGGCCACUCCAAGGCGUAUGCGUUGUACAAGGUGAUCGAAGAAGGUGUGAACCACAUGUGGACAGUCUCGGCCAUCCAAACGCACAAAAAGUCGGUGAUCGUGUGCGACGACGACGCCACGUUGGAGCUCAAGGUCAAGACCGUCAAGUACUUCAAGGGCCUGCAUGAAACCAACGAACGAAUGCUCCAUGACAAUAACCCGUAAAAUACCGACCCACUGGACGGACCCAUAUCGAUCGUUAGGGACAUGACACACGCGUUGGCGUAAUUCAUUUAAACUAUUUCCUCUGCAUAUA